UCUGGCAUCAGGCUAGUCAAUAAACUCUGGGAUGGUGUCAUCCUCCUGCUGGUCCAGGUGCUGCUGCCACCCACUUCUCUCCUGCCAUCAUGCCUCUGCUUUAGCCCCGGCGGCUGCGCCUCUUCAGUGAUGAUGGCCUGACAGCGCUGUGGUUCCCUCUCCCCACCCGUUUUUUUUUCUUUUUCUUUUUUUUUUUUUUUGGAAGGGAGCUCGGAUCAUGGCCUUGGGGCUCCGCACGCUGCUGCUGCUUACCUCCAGCUGCGCCUUUAAGGACCAGCGAAAAAGAUGGGACUCAAGUCCAGGAAGGCAGCAGCUGCGGGGAACGCUGGUGGCGGGGAGCAAGAAGAGAAGAAAGUAGGACUCGCGGCUGGGGAUCUGGAGCAAGGUUCUUUGGCCUUGGGAGCUGGAGCAGAUAAAGAUGGGACCCUGCUGCUGGAGGGAGCCGGGAAGGAAGAGGGGGGGAAGAGGAAUCCGCAAGGGAUUGGGCUUUUGGCCAAAACACCUUUGAGCAGACCUGUCAAGAGGAACAAUGCCAAGUACAGGAGGAUCCAAACUUUAAUCUAUGAUGCCCUGGAGAGACCCAGAGGGUGGGCGCUGCUGUAUCAUGCCUUCGUAUUUCUGAUAGUUCUGGGGUGUUUGAUCUUAGCCGUCCUAACAACUUUCAAGGAAUAUGAAACUGUUUCAGGAGACUGGCUGCUGCUGUUGGAAACAUUUGCCAUUUUCAUCUUUGGAGCGGAGUUUGUCUUAAGAAUCUGGGCUGCUGGGUGUUGCUGUCGCUAUAAAGGAUGGAGAGGGAGGCUCAAAUUUGCCAGGAAGCCUUUGUGUAUGUUGGAUAUCUUUGUGUUGAUUGCCUCUGUGCCGGUGGUGGCUGUUGGGAACCAGGGCAACGUUCUGGCAACGUCGCUCAGAAGUCUGCGCUUCCUUCAGAUCCUGCGAAUGCUCCGAAUGGACAGGAGGGGAGGCACAUGGAAGCUUUUGGGAUCAGCUAUUUGUGCACAUAGCAAAGAGCUCAUCACUGCUUGGUACAUUGGGUUCCUGACCCUUAUCCUCUCCUCAUUCCUUGUUUACCUGGUCGAGAAAGAUGUGCCUGAAAAGGAUGCCCAUGGAGUCGAGAUGAAAGAAGAGUUUGAAACCUAUGCAGAUGCACUGUGGUGGGGGCUGAUUACCCUAGCAACAAUUGGCUACGGUGACAAGACCCCCAAAACUUGGGAGGGGCGGCUGAUAGCAGCCACAUUCUCUCUUAUUGGAGUUUCAUUUUUUGCUCUUCCUGCCGGCAUCUUGGGUUCAGGGCUGGCUCUGAAAGUCCAGGAACAACAUCGUCAGAAACAUUUUGAGAAAAGAAGAAAGCCAGCGGCAGAACUUAUACAGGCUGCCUGGAGGUAUUAUGCUACUAACCCCAACAGGAUGGAUCUCGUCGCCACCUGGAGGUUUUAUGAAUCAGUUGUAUCAUUUCCAUAUUUCAGAAAAGAGCAAUUGGAUGGUACUGCCAGCCAAAAGCUGGGUCUCUUGGAUCGGGUUCGUGGUACCAAUACUAAAGGAAAGCUAUUUACCCCUCUGAAUGUAGAUGCCAUUGAAGAAAAUCCUUCUAAAGAGCCUAAGAAUGUUGGCUUGAAUAAUAAGGAGCGUUUUCGUACUGCAUUCCGAAUGAAAGCAUACGCCUUUUGGCAAAGCUCAGAAGAUGCAGGAACAGGGGAUCCCAUGACUGAAGAUAGGGGUUACAGUAAUGAGUUCCUCAUGGAAGAUAUGAUCCCCACAUUGAAGGCAGCCAUCCGAGCUGUCAGAAUACUACAGUUUCGUCUCUAUAAAAAGAAAUUCAAGGAGACUUUGAGGCCUUAUGAUGUAAAGGAUGUGAUAGAGCAAUAUUCAGCAGGGCACCUUGAUAUGCUUUCCAGAAUAAAAUACCUUCAGGCAAGAGUAGAUAUGAUUUUUACCCCUGGACCUCCAUCUACUCCCAAGCAUAAGAAAUCCCAAAAGGGAGGAGCUUUUUCUUACCCUUCACAACAAUCUCCCAGAAAUGAUCAAUAUGUAGCCAAAGCAUCCCCAGCAGAUACUGAAGACCAAAGUAUGAUGGGCAAAUUUGUUAAAGUUGAAAGACAGGUUCACGACAUGGGGAAGAAACUGGAUUUUCUAGUCGAUAUGCACAUGCAGCAUAUGGAGCAGCUGCAAGUACAAGUCACUGAGUUGUGUCCUUUGAAAGAAGCUGCCUCCCCAGCAGAAGAGAAGAGAGAGGAAAACAGAUACUCUGAAUUGAAAAGCAUAAUCUACAAAUACUCUGAGCCUUGCACUCAUGAAACUCCUUAUAACUUCCACCAGGUUCCAGUACACAAAGUUGGUCCAUAUGGUUUCUUAGCACAGGAUCCAAUGAAUUAUUCGCGCCCUUUUUCAUUAGGUGGGCAAAACUCUGGCAAGUUGCAGGCCAUGCCUUCUUCGACUUCAUAUGCAGAAAGGCCAACAGUUUUGCCUAUACUCACAUUCAUAGACUCCCGAGUUAGGUACCAGUCCCAAGGAGACCUGCAGAGCCCCAAUUCCGACAGGAUAUCUCCUAGACAGAAAAGGAGCUUGACAAGAGACAGUGACACCCCAUUAUCCCUUCUUUCCGUCAACCAUGAGGAGCUUGAACGCUCCCCGAGUGGAUUCAGUAUCUCCCAAGACAAAGAAGACUUCCCUUUUGGUCCAAAUGGGGGAUCAACCUGGAUGAUAGAGAAACGCUACCUAGCAGAGGGCGAAACAGACACAGAUACUGACCCUUUUACACCAAGUGGCUCCAUGCCUCUGUCUUCAACAGGGGAUGGGAUUUCAGAUUCAAUAUGGACCCCUUCAAACAAGCCAGUUUAAAAAUGGUUGUGGGGGGGGGUCCACUGGUUGACUUCUCCGUGUAAUGUAAACAUACUUUGUAUAUCUCACUUACUGUACACCCAAAGCUUACUAGUUCAAAAGACCGAUGGCUGCAUAAGAUGCAUGUGGUAUUAGUAGUAGUCAUUCUGCACCAUUUCAUACAAUUUACUAAUUCAGUUUUUUUAUGCUACCAAAACUAAGCAGCAUAGUUUUGAGCAUGGUUUGCAUGACUUUACACUAUAUAAAUGGUACAGCUAAUUUCUUCUGUGAUACAUAUCUAUCUGAUGUUCUUCAAUAUAAUGAGGGUUAGAGCAAUGCCAGGUGAGAGGUGAUGGUUCAGGCUACUUUUUUUAAACAGAGCAACAAAGUAAAAAUAGUUUUGGGAGCAAUGUUCUGAUGUGGAAAUAUAUAUAAAUUAUUUGCUGCAUACCAAUGCCCGUUUUCCAGUGCAAGUGAAUAAUUCUCUAUCCAGACUAGCCAGAAUCUUCCAAAAAUUUUAGCAGGGAAAAGGUCAGAUCAAAGUGUGUUGCUGAUUUAACAUAAUUUCUGUAGCUGAAAGAUUUCUGAUGUCCCUAUCAUAUAAGUAUCAGUGUAACAAAAGCAAUGUAAACCAGACAUUAGGGACAGUUUGACAUUUGCAAAGCCAUUUGGGGGAAGUAGAAACAUGUAUUCCAUUAAUGCUAAUCACAAAUCUGAAUCCCCUUGACUGCUGCUUUGAAAAUCUCCGUUGGAGGUUAUAAAACCACCACUAGUGUGAUUACAAUCAAUCUUAUUGUGUAGAAAAUAGUUUCCUCAUUCUACUUAUUUGUAAUAGGGCCAAACUUCCCACUGAGAUUGGGACAAAACUUCCAUCAGCUACAAAAGAAAGUGUGUUUAAUGUAGGGAACUCCUGGGUUUUACUCCUAGCUCUUUUACUGACUUAUGCCAUGUUGGGUAAGUCACUUAAUUUAUCUGUGCCUCAGUUUCCCCAUCUGUAAAAUGGGGAUGAUACUUCCCUUCCUCACAUGGGGGGAGGCUCAAUUCACUGAUGUUUUUAAAGCAUUUUGAGACCCUCAGAUGUAAGGCACACUAAGCGUGCAAAGUACAACUACUCUAUUUAAUGGGAGUUCCACAGUCAGGAUGUUGGCAGGAAAUAGUCUAUUGUUUCUCGUGUAAAUGGACUAAUCUAAAUAAACGUCUGACAUGUUUAAUAGCCUAUUUCUAAACAAUGCCAUGACUAUGGACAGAUCCAUUCCCUGGCCCCAUCUAGGAAUCACAACUGGGCACAGCAGCUUUUUGACAGGGAGUGGGGAAAGAAACUUUCCUACAAGGCCACGGGGCAACAAUGGAACUACUGCUUGGAAGCUGUUCCAGCCUACCGGCUGGAGUCAUCACUACCCAGGGAAUAGUGGAACAUAGGAGCCAGGAUGUAUACUCUAGACCUGGCCUGCUUAAGCACACCCUGUGUGCUGGGGCCUGGUAACUGCUGUGACGCAGAGCUCCAAGCCGUGCAGGGGGUCGUGUACCAGAUGGGGCUCAUCACCAGAUCCUAAUGCCUUCGCUCCUUACAUAGUGGAGCCACACAGGCUCUGGCCCACAUCCUCAAAGGUACUUGUGCACCUAACUCCCAUUGAUUUCAGUGGAAGUUAGCAGCCUAACGACCUUUGAGGGUGUGUGCCUGUGUUACUCCAUAUACACCUGCAAGGGAUUAGUAAUGGGAAUUGGUCCUGAGUAUCAGAGUGAUGACCAACAAGGACUCCUGAGUUACUGCAAAUGAUAUGAAGAGGUUAUGCUUUAUCUUUCUGAAACCUGGUAUGAAACACAAUGACAGUGAGAUACCACAAUGACUCCUGCUAGAUCUUGCCUGUUAGUAAGGAAGUUAAUGCUUGCCACCACUGUAGUUGCACCUUAUCUUGUGAUGACAACCUGCCUAACUGCCCCGUGCCCUCCCCUUUACCCGCACAACUGAUUUGCCAACACAGGGCUACUGAGAGGUUGCAAUCACAGUACUGCAUUAUCCUCUGUAGACUAUAAGGACAGUGCCUGCAGGAGAAGAGUGUCAGCUGGGUGACCUAACAGGUUGUCUCUAUCUAAUGAGUGACAGCCAUGAUUCUGUGUUUUCCACAAGGGGCUCCCUAGCGAUGUGUGCUAAGCUUUCGGGCCCACACGCUGAGGCGUUGUGCAGUCCUUCCUCAAGCUAAGCUCUUCCUUGCUUUUCUGUGGGUGUCUGAUCAAGUAGAAACAGAGUGAAACCUAAGGUGUAGACGGUACAAUUUAGCAGAGCCAGGGGCAGUGUGGAGCUAACAUCCCCAAGGGGGAACACAAACAGGUAGCGAUGCUUUUCCUGGAGCCAAUGGCCAGGCAGAUCCAUGCACCUGCUUCUGCAUCCUUUCAUGGGGAGCAACUUCCUAUCCAUCCAGACAGCGAACCAGCUCUGCUGGCUGGUGCCUGAAAGUAGAGCUGGAGGUGCAGCACCCCUUCCCAUCACUAUGCUCUUCUCCUUCACUGUGCACCCCCAAGAGGACCAGACACCAUCUGACCCUUAAGUUAGGGGCCUCAAGGUUGGGCCCACUGAAAGCUUUGCCUGAGUAAGGACUUAAGGAUUUGGCCCACAGAAGUUGCUGGUACUGUCCUGUGAUGAUAAAGCUUAGCAUUGAUAGCACACAUGGUCCUGCAGCAGGGUAGUGAAAUACUUCGACCUGGUUUUCUAGUGUGCCCCUGCCACAGGGUUUCACACAUGCAUGUUACACACAGCACUUCAGGGGAAAGUUUCCUUCUUGGUUUCUGCCCGGCUAUCAUUGUGUUUAUUUAUUGACACUUCAAAGAGUUGAUGGUAGCUCAUGAAAAUCAUUUUAUUUAGGAACCAUUCUGCUUGUGUGUUUGAUUUUUUUUUUUUGACCUUUUGUCUUUUCUCAUUCUUCACAACCAUUUAAAAGAAUAUAGGAUCUUUUUUUCCUCAAGAGUUCAUCUGCUCCUGCUGCUGCUUCCUCCUCACCUGAAAUCAUAAUCCAUCACUUCUUCAGCUUGUGCAAAUUGUCUUAGUUCCACUCGAAUCAAUGAAGUGGCAUCAUUUUAUCCCAGCUGGGGAUCUGUCCUGUUAAUGACUUAGGGUGACAAACUCACUGUGCGCUAGAUCCUCACCCACUGCAAAUUGGCCUACCUCCAUCGAAGGACAUGGAGCUGGGCCAAUGACACCAGCUAAAGAGGGGGCUCAGUAUGUGCAGAUGUUCUGUUCUUAGGUUAAUGGCCGUAGUGACAUGAGGCUUGAUUUCUGUAGCCAUGUUGUAUACAGAACAGCUAUUGAUCUCAAUAGAUGUUAUGUGUUUGGUUCCAUUAGACACCUCGCAUUAGAUACAUAGAGAAAAUAUCUGUCAGAGGUAGAACUGAUUUCAAUUAGGGCAUUUUCACAAGUGUUCUAGGCAGCAUCAAUGCUUCUUGGAAGUACCUGCAUUGAACUUAAACCUGUGCUUUAUGUUACACAAGUGCAUGGUAGUGGAUUUGUCCCUUCUGUGUUGUGGUUGAAGGAAAAGCUCUGUCUCUGCUUACAAUACUAUUUCACGGAUCCAUGACAGAGCGAAAUUGUAUGUUAUUAGAUACAAGACAAAUACCCUUGAUUUCUCAGAGGUGCAAAGCACCUGCAGCUCUUGUUGAAGUUGUGGAUACUGCGCCCCUCGGAAAAUCAGGCCCUUUGUGUCUAAAACUGGGCAACCAAAACCGAAGGCACCAAAAUUAAAGGCUGCUUUGGAAAAUGUAGUUCAGAACGUAUCUAUUGACUGCAGCCAAUGCAGUGCACCUCUGCACCCCUUACCACCCUAUUUCAUCCCACUACCUUCAUGGGGGGAGGGAUAGCUCAGUGGUUUAAGCAUUGGCCUGCUAAACCCAGAGUUGAGGGGGCCAUUUAGGGAUCUGGGGCAAAAAUCUGUCUGGGGAUUGGGCCUGCUUUUUACAGGGAGCUGGACCAGAUGACCUUCUAAGGUCCCUUCCAACCCUGAUAUUCUAUGAUUGGAGUUCAGGCUUUAAAAUCCACCAUAAGCCAAUACAGUAACAGAAAACUAAACCUUUUCAGUGUUAAAUCUAGGUGAAUAUUAGACACAUUCUGAUUUUAGCAAGUUACAGAACUCUUUAAAGAGAAGCAGAAUGUGAAAUAGAGUACAGAAUGCUCUGAAAAAAAGGAAACAAAGAAAAUACUUUAAUCUUAAGGGGACAUUAUUUGAAGGAAACGAAGUAAGUCAAGGUAAGGGUUUGACUUAGCCAGUAUAUCUACAUACCACGAUGUACCCCUAAAUGGGCAAGGGGGAGGGGAAUAUCACUGACUACCCUACCAUGUCUGUGCUUAGUAGUUGAAUUGCCUUAAAGUUGAACUAUCAACACUGGGCUGUGAGCCCUGAUUUGACUUGAUAUGCAGCACUGGAGAAUUUUACUGUUUAAAAGGGGUAAGCAGUGCAUAGCUUGGGAACACAGGGUAAGGCUAAUGCAGCCACACUAUGAAAUAUUGAUGAUAUUCUUAAAGGCAAAGCAAGGCUGCCCCUUAAUAUUUGAUUGUAAGUAAAUAUGUGGCUAGGCGGGACAUAACUGCUGGGCUCCUCUGAAGUCCACAGAGUGGACAUCUGGUGGUCUUCUGUAACAGAGGUGGGAGGAGGCCAAGUUCUGCAUUCAGGAGGUCUGGUUAGCGCAUUUUAAUGUUUGUUGUCUACUCGCAGAUCUGACACAGCUCCCCUCCCCCCAUGGCGUAAUCUAUGCGAAAAGACUCUGCAUGAAGCAGCAGCUGGGUUGAGACUAUGGGUGUACAUAAACACUGCUUUUCCAUAUCAGCACGUCCCUGCACCCACUCAAUUUAGCUUGUAAUAAUUUAUCAUUUCAGGUUUAGCAUUAUUGCUGACCAGUGGGAAAAAAAAGGUAUUUUAAAAUAUGUAGAUCUGUCGAAGUAAGACUGUGUCAGUUAGUUAGAAUCAGGACACUCAUAGCAUUAAAAUCACAAUGUAACAAACACAUAAUUUCUAAAUAAAGCAGGGCCAUAUACUUUGAAUAGCAAGGGGUUAAGAAGAGGUAGAGGGGCACCUUGCUCAGUCUUUACCCAAGCAAACCACCAAAUCAGUGAGAGUUAGUCUGAUCAAAGACUGAGGAAAAACUAGGAAAGGAUCUCUAGAAUUGGCCAAAAGUUUUAAUACUAUGUUUUACAGUGUACAAAUAUCACCCUUUACUUACAGGAUACUGUGGGCAGGAAAUAGUAGGUAGUGGCAUAAUAAUGAAACAGGAAGUACUAUCUUUUGUUGUCCAAGCCAGAAAAGCAGGUUAGUUCCUACAUUUUUUUUGCCUACUCAGCAGAGAAGCACCCAAAGGCGGAGUCUUCUAUAGGGACCAAACCAAGAUCUCAGCCCCAUUCACGCCCAAACUCUUUGGGAAAGUCCAGCUUCAGACUUUGCAUCUUGAAGCCAUCUGUACUGCUAAGUGUAACUACAAAGUAAUCUGCAGGGACACGUAACUACUCUGCACGUGUUGUGUAUUAUCUAAUAUGUCCAUUAUGGCCCUGCCCCCAUCCGGUGUAAAUUGGCAUAGCUCUUUUCAACUUAAUGAAGCUGCACCAGUUUACGCAAGCUGUAGAGUUGGCCCUGUGAGUCAAAAAUUUCAACACCUUCCUCCAAAACUGUGCCCGCCAGAAUCACGUGUGAAUCCCAGGUUUGUGUGUGCAGACUGGCCUUUGCGUAUGCAAGUCGGGGAGCUAGCUGUCUACAGGAUACUGCGUGUGCAUUUCCUGAUUGUGCAUUCCAUUGUGGGGGAAGGAGGGGUUGCAUGUGCACAUAAAAUGGAAGACAAUUCUGAAAUUCUGAAAAUUUGAAAGUCUGAAAAUGUAGCCCCAUGUGCCUUUUCUUAAUGGAUAAUGUAACUAGCCACAAGGGCCCAGUUCCUCAAAGGUAAUGAGGCUCCAAAUAAUGUGACUAUAAUGGAGUAGGGUGAAUAGUUGUAACUUGUACUUUUACCACAGAAGUGACAUGAUAUUUGUGCUCUGUUGAAAUAAAGUACAGUGUCCAGGAUUGUUAGCCUGCAUUAAAGCAGUACGUAAAAAGCCAUGUGCUGCUUUGUAGAGUCGGCUCACCACAUAGAGAGGCAUUGCUCAGUAUUUGACUUGACAGUGGCAUCUGAAGCAGCAUUAAUUUUCGUAGCAGGAGUGCAGUGGAUUUACGCCAUUCUUCUGUUAGCACCUGGAGUUGGUUUUACUGCUAGCAAUUACAGCUGGGUCAGGCCUUCUUUGAGUCUGGGCUGACACUGUCUCUUUGUUUACAUAAUUAACCUUAAAUAGGAUUAAAUGUCUGAAUCCAUGCUUUGCUAACUCUUAAUGCCUACUAGGGACCAAGCAUCUAUUUAGGGGCUUAACAAUGCUUCUUGCAAUAUGACUCUCACUGUAUUCAUCUUCCAUAAUUGGCUAGUAUUUAGGGCUUUAUCCCAUCCUCUCUAAAAUCAAUGGUUAACCUCUCUUUCAGUGGGAACAGGGGAAGGUCCUAGUUGUAUAGUACAAACUGUUAAUCUUUAUUUGUGGAUUCAGUCUCCCAGCAUUAUUCGACCUGAAAUGGGUGCAUUUUUGUUAGCUAUGUUUUUACGCUGACUCUCUCUAACAAGUAAAGCACAUAUAUCAUUUUUUGAAAAGGUAAUCUCUGUUUACAUUGUACAGCUAUCCUUGCAGCUUUAUUGUCAUCCUUUUCCCUAAAAAAAAUUGUAAGUGUUUCAUUGUUGCAGGUGCACAUGCCAUGAAAAAUUAUUUUGUUUUAUCAAACUCAGCUUCAUGGUCCAUUUAUGGAGUUUGUUCCUAUAAGAAAAAUCUAAUACAUUUAAAUAAUGACUAUUGGCUUUUCUUAGGCUUGAUCCUAUAGUGGUUUAAUAUGUAUAAAUCCCAUAGAAAUCAAUAGGACUUUAGCAUGUGGAAGGACACCAGAUCUGUCCCCAAAAUGACUUUGGAUUAUGUUUGCUCUGCUUUUGCCAUAUCUUUGCUGCAUUGUUUAAGGUUCUAGGAGGAAAUAAUUGAAAGGUUUUAUUGCUGCAGAUUGUGGCCCGGGAUCCUGCAUGCUAAUUCACACUUGCAUGCAAUCCUGCUAACUUCAGAUGGGCUUCAUGUAAGCAUGAGGCUCCACCUGUGGAUCAGAAUGGGAUGGGAUGGGCACUAUAGCAGUCAGAAAAUGCAUAUUAAAGGAGCAAAUUCAGCUCUGCUAUGACUCCAUGGAUUACAGUGGAAACUGAUACCAGGACUGAAUUUGUCACUGUAACUGCACAAUAUGUGAUGAAGAGCCAGAUCUUCAAUCCUUAGACACCCCAAACUCCCACUGAGUUAGCUUGGCAUUUCAGGCGCACAAGGAAUGCAGGCCUUGAUUCUUCAAAGUAACUUGUGAGUUUGGAGUUGUCUUGAUUUUUGGGUGCCCAUUUUAAGACACCUUUGAAGGGCUUGAUUUUGAGUGGGCCGGUGCUCAGCAUUUCUGAAAACCAGGCUACUUUGGGGUGUCUCAAGUUGGGCACCUCAAAAAUUGAGACCCAGCAUAAUCACAAGUCACUUUUGAAAAUUUAGGCUGCAGGCUCUGAUCCUUAACAAGCAGCUUUUUAACCAUUUUUAGUGCAGCUACGUGAGGUAAAACAGUGGAAGUGGGAUCCAAUUUUCAUUCGUAAGGCUGUGCUAAAGUGUAAGGUUACGUAGCCAACUAAAUUUUGUUUUGUAGUUUAGGGCAUAUGAUUAUUACUAGUAUUUGUGCCUUGCUCACUGAAAUUUUUUCCAGGCUACAAAGAUGCUUUUCAGAUUCUGGCUGACAAGGGAACACGACUUUUAUACAAGUGGCCUUUAGUGCUCUUAAUAAUAUUGUUUAUUGUAAUUUUUAAACUAUAUGUGGCACUGUCCAAUAUUUGAACAACUUUAAUAUGUUUAUUUCAAUAUAUUAUGCAAACAAUACUUCUUACCUGAUUUUUUAUGUUCUGUCUUUAAAA